CACACUUCCGGGUUUGACCUUCGCUCCGCCUACAAGACUCUCACGUGAAAGUCAUGUGACUUUGGCAGCACUUCCUGGUUGUGAGGCUUCUACAGAAAUGCAGGCUGAAGUUGCAUUCGUAGUGAUUUUAAGCGUUUUUGUUGAAUUAUGCGUAGGUUCUGAAUUUCGCUUUGCGUCGUAUUAUGGAGAUCAUAUGGUCCUGCAGAAAGCUCCAGAGCAAGCCAUGGUUUGGGGGUAUGGCACAGCUGGAGAUGAGGUUCAGAUUACUAUAGAUGGACCACAACAUUAUAAAAAUAAAUCUGUUGCGGUUUUUAAUGGCAUUUGGAAGGUGAUUCUUGAUCCAGUUCAGGCUGGUGGUCCAUAUAUUCUGACUGCUGUUCAAAACAAAAACAAGAUUGUACUUAUGGAUGUGCUGUUUGGAGAUGUUUGGUUAUGUGGUGGCCAGAGCAACAUGGCCUUUACACUUGGUCAGGUAUAUAAUGCCUCCGAGGAGUUAUCCUUGGCCGCGAAGUUCCCUAAUGUGAGGGUUUUCCAGGUGGCACUGAAUAACAGCAAUGUUGAGUUGAAUGACCUUUUAGGUGUGGAGGUUCCUUGGUCCCUUCCCACACCAGAAAUCCUUGGAGGAAAGGAUUUCAGUCACUUCUCAGCCGUGUGCUGGUUGUUCGGCCGCUACCUUUACGAGCACCUGAAGUAUCCGAUUGGGUUGGUGGAGUCUUGCUGGGGUGGGACGCCUAUAGAAGCAUGGUCCUCCCAUAGAGUGCUUCACAACUGCGACCUCGAGAAACCUGCCAGUGCACAUUGGAACAGUACAGUGUUAUGGAAUGCCAUGAUUCACCCUCUUGUCAACAUGACCAUUAAAGGAGCGAUAUGGUACCAAGGUGAAGCCAAUGCAGAAUAUGACCAGGACAAGUACUCGUGCCUUUUCCCAGCCAUGAUUGAUGACUGGAGGAUGGCAUUCCAUAUAGGCUCAAAGGGACAGACUCCAAAAGACUUUCCACUUGGAUUUGUACAGUUGUCUACCUACAAAAAGAACGUACAAGACGGUUUUCCAGAAAUUCGUUGGCACCAGACAGACGACUAUGGUUUUGUUCCAAAUAAGGUCAUGAAAAAAACAUUUAUGGCUGUUGCUAUGGACUUGCCAGAUGAGACUUCACCUUGGGGCAGCAUCCACCCACAGGAUAAACAGGAUGUAGCAUUCAGGCUGGUGCUGGGUGCACGAGCUGUAGCCUAUGAGGAAAAUGGGGUCUCCUUCGAGGGUCCAUUUCCCAUGUCUGUUCGGUUUAAAAACACCACCAUAAAAAUCAUUUACAAUCAAAAUCUCACAGCCACGCUUUCCAAAAACAUUUUUGAGAUCUGCUGCUCUAUAAAAACUAAACCAUGUCAAUUAGGUUCCCUGUGGAUUCCGGCACCAAUGAAGAAAAAAGGAAUGGAUUAUGUGCUGGUGUCCCUCCCAGAGUGUCCCCUUAAUAGUGUACCAGCAGCUUUGCGUUACGCAUGGAGUGACUGGCCGUGUGCUUAUAAAGCAUGUCCCAUCUACAGCAAAGAUGGAGUGUUACCUGCACCAUUAUUCAUCGCAAAUCUGACAGCAGCAAAAAUAUCACCUGUACGUUCAUUAUGUGGAGAAAAUGAUGUAUGUUUAACAUAUGAUGAGCAAGAUGUACUUUAAACACAAGGUGGCAUCAGUCUGAAAAAUUUAAUGCUUUGGAAAUUACUCUGGAAUAGAUGGAGAAUGUAGACGGAAAUUGUGUUUAUGUUCCUAAAAAAUAAUAAGAUGGCACUUUUAUUUUUAUAUUGUUAUAUAUAUGAGAACACGUGCAUUAAAAUAAAUGUCUAAUAGUCCAAUAUAACAGUGUGAAAAUUAAAAACCACAAAUAAAUCUGUUUAAUUCACA